CACACACCAUCAUUACAGCAGAAAUUAGUAUUUUACAACACCGUCGUCGCUGCGCUGCAGCAAAGAAUCGCCAAUCGCUUGCAAUAAGUUGCAAUCGCGGAUUCGCGGAAUAAAGAAAGUGUUUUGCGGACCAAAACUUUUACGGUGGCGAUCGACUCGAGUCCAAGAGUGCUUUGCUCGCAGCAAGCCGUGAACGAAGGAAACUUUAGUGAGUGAAAAGUGUGUGCGAUCAUCGGUCGUCGGACAUUGUCUUGUCUCUCGAAGUGAGAUAUUGCGCAAACAGAAUCAUCGCUGGUCUUCCCCAGGGGUGAGGAUUUGCGGAAAGGAGCCGGGUCUCGUUCCGUCGAACCUGGCGUCGCUGGGUUUAAUCGGAUGUGAACAUCCGCGACAUCAACAUCCCCGCGAUCCGUCAGAGAAGAUAUUUUUGUGAAUUUUCGGAACAUCCGCGAAGUGAAAUCCCGUUGCCGGGGAUACGCACCUGAGUGCUGAGGCUUUUUUGUGCUGGGCAUAUUUUGACAGACAAAAGUCAUUGCCUGCUUGAUGCGACUCUUCUUGUCGUCAUUCGUCGCUGCUAUUUACCUUUUUUUGUUGUGGUGCGAAAUCCGCGAGUGAAGACUGAAGAAGAUUGAAGUGAGUGCCUCCUGAAGGCGGAUUCAUCCAAGAGAAUCGUGAAAACAGUUACGACGUGUAUGCUGCCUAUAGGCAGUCGGUGGUGAAAUUCGCUUUCGGAUAUUGUUGCCCUUAUUGGUUUUUUUUUUCUGAUAAGAAUCAUACAGAGUGAUAAGUGCAGGUUGUGUGACAACAAGGGCACCCUCGCGGAAGAUACGUCUCGGGUGAUUUGAAUAAUUGAUUGGCCCCGGGCGGGUGUUUGUCACCCUUGGGGUCGGCCCUAAUCGAUACAGUUGCGCGAGGCUCUUUUUUGUGUUUUUGCUGUAGCUCAGGGCGCCCCUCCGGAAAGGGCAAUUACGGCGAAAGGUGGAGACGGUCGGAACCACGAAUGGUCAGUAAAGAGAAGCAGAAAAGGAAUGAAACAAGCAACCAGUAGUCCACCGCUUUUGUGGAAAGCACACGACAUCGCCGGCAAGUCCGCGCGGUGAUGAAACCCCCCGGAGAACGGUGCUGCAACUAAAGACACUAUGUGCAAAUACGGAGAACGAAAUUGAGGACAGUCAGUGGCAGUGCAAAAUUCGAUGUUUAUUGAACUGAGCGGUUUAAAGUUUACCACUGAAUAUCGAUCAUCAGCAGAAUUGAAGAAUCAACAUCAACUGUUAUGGAAGCAAUUAGGGACUGACUGAGGCCACCUAGAGUGCCUUCAACCGAGAUCUGAUGAAACCGAGAAGCAACAACACAGUACUCACACCUGUCGUCGUCGCCUUCGUUUCACUAUCAAUGUGAAGUGCUGUGCGCAGUAAUAAUGCGAAAAAAGACUGAUUCAUCAUACCCUUAGAGUGUAAUUUGCAACCAGUUUUUGUGUUUCUGUUAUCAUAUAAGUACACCCUCCCGCUCUCGCCUCGUUAUUUCAAUGAUCUCAGAGACUGUAUUUAGUGCUCACGCGUGAAAUUUGUUUUUAUUUCGUCGAGAAGAGUGAAUUUUUAUUUUUGAAAUCUCCCAACAUCGAAUAAACGCAACGCAAAAUGAUCUCCGGCAAAAAGAACUACGUCGAACAGCUGCUCCACCUUGCACUGACGCUGAGUCUGCUGCGGGUGGAUCCGGAAAACUACCUGGACCUACAAUGGGAGACGCGUCUGGCUGGAACCGGCGUCGGCGGCUGGCAGCUGGAACUGCGAGCCGCGCCCCUCACCGACCAAACCUACGUCAACCGGAAGGCCCUUCCCUCCAUAAUCGAAGAUCUGGCCCGGUUCGACACGCAGUACAAUGUCCCAACGCACUUCGACCUGCAGGCCUACCUGCUCAACAUACAAAACUCCAACUCAACCAAUCAAACCUCCACGACCAGGGCUUCCUCUCCGGCCCCGGUCUCAACCCAGGAGCCCCCCAACUCCACCUCCUCUGUCACCAUCGAUCUCCCCUCGUUCGAAUCCUUCGACACCGAGGACAUCUUCCUGAACCCGGACCCCUUCGCCGAUAGCACCUCCGUUCUCGAGCAGAACAUGGCUGACCUCAACGAUUUCGGCGAAGCUCCCAUCAACACCUACGCCCUCGAUGCAAUCCCGCUGAAAAACGAACCUCCGCCCAUGUUUGAAGAUCUUAUCCGGUUGCCCUUCGAGCCGAACUUCUUUCAGCAGCACGUUCUCGAACCGGAACUGAACGAACCCAAACUGGAAGAACAACUGGAGGAAGCCGGCAGCAGCUCGCACGAAUGUUGCCAGUCGUGCGAUGCUCGCUCCAAACAGAUCAAGGUCAAGGAGGAACCCCUCGGGGAACAAGAGGCCGGUUCCGCAGAAGGUGCCGUGGCCAACAACGCGGUCGUCGUCAAGCAGGAACCUCAGGAAGAAUUCUUCCAGAUCAAGAAGGAAGAGUUGGAUUUGAACGAUGAUUCCGACGCAGAGGUGCCCCCCGUGACGGCCGAACUAACCCAAGAGGAGAUGGACCUGAUCGAGGUGCUUUGGAAGCAGGACGUGGACUUGGGUUUCACCUUGACACCGCUGACGGUUCCUUCGGGAGCCUCCGGAGGGGCCACUUCAGGGAUGGCAACCAAAGGUGCCACCUCUGCUGAGGACAGCUCCGACGACCUGGAGAAGCUCAAAGUACUGCUGGAAAUCAAACACGAUGAUGAUAAGAAAAAGGAUAACGCUGAUAAGCAAGCGGAAGAGAAUCCCUGGGCUGGAAUGUCCUACACAGUCGAUAUCGAAACAGGUGAAUAUGUACUCAACGCCACCGAUGGCAGUGAGGCGACACUUCCACCGCCGCUAGCUGACCUGUUCCUCGAGGAAGGACUUAACCUACCGGAGCUGAUCAACGAUACCGUCAUCGAGGAAACCGAAGAGCCAGCAAAAAAGAAGACCACAGCCGAACAAGAGGAGGAAGAGGAGUCCGAGGUCAAACGAAUCGAGAGGGAGCUCGAAUCGUCGGCUGAUGAACUGUGCCAAGGUGCUGCUGCUAGUGUCAGUGCCACCAGUGGUUCUACUUCUGCCAGCCCUUGCGACUUGAAUAUCUGCUCCGAGCAGCAAGCGACCGCCACAAGUUCCGUAGUCGAUCGGGAGCAACAGGACUCGCCAAACCAUCCGGAAGCGGCCGGUGCUGCCUCACCCGAUGAUCUAGAGGACAUUCUGUGCGACAUGAUGAUCCAAACGUCUUCGUCCCACUUUCAGCACCCGCGGCAACCGAUGCAGAACUACGGCCAUGGGAUGCACGGUUCGCUGCGACAGGGUGGCUACCACCAUCACCACCACCACCAUCACCAUCAGUCCCGCGUUCCGCUGAGCCGGGCCGUUUCGAUGGAACAGCGCUUUCAGGAUCUGGCCAAUCUGCUCAGCUUUCCGCCCGGAAUGGGCGUCGGCAUGGGGGUGGGCGAAAUGCCUCCGGCCCAUCCGCACCCGCACUACCCGCCGCACUACUCGUACCAGGCUAACGGUGCCAUUCCCCAGCACGGUCAGUACCACUCACAUGCAGUACUGCAAAAUGCUUCGCUGGCGGAUAUUGGACCGACCCAGCCGUACUAUGCACCGAACCUGGGUUCGGCCGUGGCCACCAGCAUGCACUUGACCAACUCGACGUCGGAGACGGACGCCGGAGCCACCGGGUACAAAAUGGAUCACGAGAUGAUGUACUAUUCGAAUACAUCAUCGGAGAUGAAUCACACCGACGGGUUUCUCAACUCGAUUCUGGAUGACGACCUGCAGCUAAUGGACAUCGCAGUGAACGAGGGUAUGUACACCAUGCGCAUGCUGGACCACAAUGCCACCAGCAGCAAUUCGUCCGUGCUGGGCGGUUCUCUCGGAGGAAGUGCUGCCGCUGUUGCCGCAGCAGCCGCCGCCGGUCUGAACGGGCCUGCCCAUCUCGGUGGUCUGAUGUCCAGUGCAUCGGCUGCCGUCUCUUCUGGUGCCAUGCAAACCUCCCUGAACGGUUCGACGGGAACACACGGAGCCACCGGUGGCACCACGAGCGGUGACCGCCUAGAUGCCUCCAGUGACAGUGCCGUAUCGUCGAUGGGAUCGGAACGGGUUCCGUCGCUCUCUGACGGCGAAUGGGGUGACGGUGGAAGCGACUCUGCCCAAGAGUAUCACAACAAGUAUGGAGGACCGUUCGAUUAUAGCUACAGCGGAAGCAAUCGGCUUGGCGAUGGAACAAGACAGCCACCGGUUGCCCAGAAGAAGCACCACAUGUUUGCGAAAAGAUAUUUCCAAGAACAGAACACCUCGAUCCCCUCGCUACCGUCAGCUACCAAUCCCUCCGCGACAGGACCGACCGUUGAUCCCCAGAGCCAACUGAAUGCAAGUAUACCAAUCAAAUAUGAGUUCGAUUACAUGAACCCGGCUUCGCUCAGUCACUUAGAGGGAGCCGUCGGCCCGGUCACCAAGCAAGAAGACCAAACCAGUGCCCAUAAUAACCCACUCUCCUCGGUGGACAUGAAAUACCCGUACUCAUUGGAUUUCUCCCGGCAGAAUCCUGCCUCGGCACCAGCCGCCCGAAGCCAUCAUCACGACGUGAUCCACCAUAACCAUACGUACACCUUGCCGCACAAUAGCGGUGCCAAUCCAAAGCCCCAAACCAGAGACAAACGCAUCCGGAAAGCCGAGGAGGAGCACCUGACUCGGGACGAGAAACGUGCCCGUGCGCUCCAGAUCCCCAUCCCCGUGCAAGACAUCAUCAAUCUGCCGAUGGACGAGUUCAACGAGCGCCUGUCCAAGUACGACCUGAGCGAAACGCAACUGUCCCUGAUCCGGGACAUCCGGCGGCGGGGCAAGAACAAGGUGGCCGCCCAAAACUGCCGCAAACGCAAACUGGACCAGAUUGUGACGCUAGCCGACGAAGUCAAGGACAUGAAGAUGCGCAAGGAACGGCUGUUGCGCGACCGCGAGAUCAUCCAAACCGAACGCAAGAGAAUACGGGACAAGUUCUCGGCGCUGUACCGCCACGUGUUUCAGAAUCUGCGUGACAGCGAGGGUAACCCGUACUCCCAGGAGCACUGGAGCUUGCAGCAAAGUGCCGAUGGAACGGUUGUCCUGGUGCCCCGAAGCGUUGACCGUCAGCAAGAUCUGACCGGUAGCAAUCACCAGCAGCAGCAGCAACAGCUCGGCAUGGCUGGAGGAAGUGGCCUGCCGCAUUCACAUCAUCAGCAGCAACAUCUUCUGCACCUGCAACAGCAUCAACAUCCGCACUCGCAACAACAGCAUCAUCACGGCGGAAGCAGCAGUGGUUCCAACAGUACCAACAGCAGCGGUGCCAGUGGAGGCAGCCAGCAUAGACCGAAAGAGUGAGACCGGUCCGUGACGCAUUGCCACCAUCAGCAGCAACAGCAUUACCGGCAUUUGCACCGUCAUCAUCAUGUUCACCAGUGGCCACCGUUGUUUUACUAAAGAAGAUACAAGGAACAAGUAAGAAAGACGGGCUGCGAAUAGGAAGAUGAGGAAACCGAGCAGGGGGCUAUCAAGAACCCGAAGAUCAGCCUGUAACGGAAGGAAUCGACCAACACAGACGACAAACACAGAUACACACAUACACCAAACAUGCGCACUUGCAGAUAGAGAACAAACAAUACAUACA